AUUUUCAACCUUCAGUUUGGAAACAAUGACCGCAAAAGCAGAAACUAAGCCCCUAGACGGAGGAUGGGGUUGGAUUGUAGUUUUGGCUGCUUUUGUUAUAUUAGCUGUCGCUAUAGGUAAUACUUAUACAUUUGGAGUCCUCAUUCCUCCGUUACGAGAAGCCUUUCACAAGAGUUACUUUAAAAUAUCUUUAAUUGGAUCGAUUCAACCUUUUCUUGUAUACUUAACUGGAGUUUUUGCUGGGCCACUAUUAAAAUGGUAUGGUUGGAGGAAAGUAACGAUAUUUGGAGCUCUUUUAUCAACUGCAGGAUUCUGUGCAAGUGCUACGGUGAACAGUUUGUACUAUUUGUAUUUUACAUAUGGAGUCUUAACUGGAGUAGGUAAUGGAUUGAUGUAUGUAACAAGUAUGGUUUGCGUGCAGCAUUACUUUGACAAGUACAGAGCACUAGCGACUGGAAUGGCUGUAUCAGGUGGCGGGAUUGGGUUAUUAGUUUUCGCCAUGUUUAUUCCUGUCUUGAAGGAUCGAGUCGGCUGGAGAUAUACUUUUCUUUGUAUAGCUGCUAUUGUAUUUGUGAACGGAGUUGUUUGGGGCGCCUUCUAUAGACCAUUGCAGAAUGUUGACGACGAGGAGAAAAACAAAAAAGAGAGGGCGCCUUUAAUUAGCUCUCAACAAUCUUCUUAUUCCUCUGUCAAGUCGGACGUGAUAAGAGUUAGUAUUGCUGAGGAGAGUGGCUGCGGGUGUUGGGGUAUAUUUUCUGAAUUAUUCGAUUUAAGCCUAUUCAUGAAUGGUGGUUUCAUCCUACUGUCAAUGGCAAUUACCUGUUUCAAUUUCGGUUAUCACGUUCCCUACACGUUCACAACUCCUAGAGCAAAUAAAGGCCUCGGUAUUCCCGAAAAAAAAGCGGAUGUCCUUAUAGCAUUAAUGGGAAUAUCGAACGUCGUAGCACGAUUAUGUUUUGGAUGGAUUGCAGACCACAGCCAGAACAUCAGAUUUUACAUGACAGGAGUUUGUAUAUUCGGAGUUGGUCUUGUUAGCUGCCUUAUAUUCUUAUUUAAUAGUUUCAAACUUUUAAUUGUCUACUCAAUUAUUUUUGGAGCUUUCUCAGGAAGUUUCGUAGCCCUAUUUCCGGUCGUUAUAGUCGACUUAUUUGGUAUAGAGAAGGUCAGUCAAAGUAUCGGUCAAGCGAUGGCAGUUGGCAGUUUUGCAUUCUUGGUCGCCGGUCCAUUAUGCGGUUGGAUUAUCGAUACUACAAAAAGUUAUGAUGCCCCAUUUCUAGUUGUAGGGGGCGCUUGUAUCUUUGGGAGUAUAUUAUAUUUUUGCAUAAAAUGCUUUCACAAGUCGAAGGAAUCCACUCAGGUACAUUCAAAAAGAACGCAGAGAAAACACUAUGUUUCAGAAUCAAUAUCUUAG